UAUAAAUCGACCUCUUAAUGUAAAGUUUUUUCCCAUGAUAUAUGUAUUAAUUAAUUUGAUCGUGAGCAAAUUAAAAAGUAAAAAAAAUGGAAAAUCAAAUGUUAAUAUAAAAAGUUCUGGAAGAUGAAAGUAUGCUCCUGAAGGAACAUGACUUGCUAUUCAAACACGGUUGCAUUUAUACCAAUAUAUGCCUCGUAUAAAAAUUUCAUUAUCAAUUACUAUAGAAUUCCUCCGUUUAAAGUAAUACAGUAUUUUUACUUUCAAGGAUGAGCUCCUCCUCCAGUCGCAGCUACUCCGUUUGAAUGUCGCGGCUCUCUCUCCCCUUGUCUGUUGCUUGGUUACCGCGGAUCUCCGACCAGCUCCGGCAACGGGUCUUUGAUUCUGCUCUGAUGUCCGUCUCCCCGCCUCUGCCCCCGGCGACGACGAGUAAACCAACUCAGCUCAAACCUUCUCCUUCCUGCCGGCGGUCCUCUCCUCUGUCUAUUCUGACCAUUGACCUCCCCCUGGAGCCUCCAGAUCCACCAGAUAUGCCGGCUCGAGCUCCUCCCCCACCACCUCUACUGGUCUCUAACGCCUCCCCUGUUCCUCCCCUCGUCACCACUCAUCACGGAACGAGCAGGAACGUUGAAGCGGUUUGGUCUUGCAUCUCCACAACGCCCCCAUCACUCCAUGUCUCCUCUGUUCCCUCCCCCUACGCAGGGCCGGCCCGGAGGGCAAGCCACCAAAGCGGCCGCUUAGGGCAUAAAAUUUUAGAGGGCAUAUUUUUUUUUAGCUUUUGUAUAUAUUAAGAAUUUUGUUUGUAUUUAUAUGUAAAUAUAAUUUAGAGUUCUAUUGAUAAUAAUAC